AUGGGGACAACCGUGAAAGGCCUUCUUAAAGGCCUUCGCUACAUUACUCAGAUUUUCGACGAAGACAAAGACCAGCAUGGAAUGCAGAUCGGGUUUCCCACCGAUGUAAAGCAUGUCGCCCACAUCGGAUCCGACGGUCCCGCAGCCAAUGCGCCAAGCUGGAUGAGUGACUUCAAACCUCAAGAAAACGAGAAUGGUCAAGUAGUUUCCCGAGGAGAUGCCAACAACAAUCAAGUAGGAGAAGGAGUUGGUUUACAAGAGCUGUUGCCUCCUCCAGAGAAACCAAAGCACAAGAAGACGAGGCGCAAAUCCGAGACGGCCUCCCAAAACGGUUCUCCUCCAAGACGAAGCAGCAACGUGUCAUCGUCAGAUCUGCAACCUAGACCCUCGAGACGUCACCACAGGAGCAGGCACGGGUCGAUGGACUCGUCGAAUGAUCCGUCGGUCAGCAGGAGGAGGCGUGUUGUGGCGGUUACUGAUUUGGAAGGCUCUUACCCUCACUCAGACGGUGGUGGUUCUAUUGCUCACACUAGAAAGUCUACAUCACGUCAUAGGAAGGCGAAAGGGUCAGGAGGAGGAGGUGGAGAGCUGUCAAUGAAGAAGACGAGAGCAAAACCAGAGAACUCUGUUGUUGAAUCAGUAGUCGAUAACUCUAAUGAUAAUACCAGCGACAAAGACUAA